CUGUGAGUCCGCAAGCGACGCUCUCGUCGUCUGGGUCAGCGUAGCGAACGAGCCUCCCCGGCCUGUCUCUUCCGGGAGGGGCUCCGCCUGCGCGGAGUGCACGCUCGGCUGCCGCCGUGCAGUCUCCGCUGCGGACCAUCCGGCUCUGCCCUUGGCACUCGCAGAGCUGUCGAGCGACAGGAUGCGGCAGCUGGGGGGCUCGAGCGCAGCCUCCCAGAGCGCAGUGUACUCGGUUGGCGUGUCCACGAGUCCCAGCUUCUCGGUCAAGGCCCCCUCAACUCCCGAAUCUACACCGCGGCGUCCUGAUCCCGAUGCCGAGUCCACACCCAGCUGCCCCGGCGGCAGCGAACGCACCACCCGCGCGCCUCUGUCUGAGCAUUUCGCUGAGAAGCUAGAGGCCGCGAUGCAAGAGGUUUCGCUUGCCGCGAGCCGAGCAGCCACUGCGUCGCACCAGGCGGCGCAAGCCGCCCUUGCGUGCGAGCGUUUCACCAAAGCAGCAGAGGUGGCGCGGGUGGAAGCUGCUGCGGCAGCCGCAACUGCUGCUGCAGUCGCGCGAGCCGCCAUGGCCAACUCCGACGAGCUCCCAGCCUCCCCGCAGCCGUCCAUGACCUUCCGGCAGCGCCGAGGCUCGAAGCACCUCGACCUCAUUCAGGACGCGAUAGCCGAUCCGACUAACUCACAGACAAGUGACGCGCCGGCGACUGAAGCGGCUCGCACCUUUCGGAGGCGUCGCUCCUCAAAAGACUUGAGCGGCGAGCUUCCGAUUGGAGCUACACGGCGUGGGCCCAUGUCCUGGUCCGACGCUGUCGCGGGCGCCGUACCCGACGGAAGCAGUGGCGCCGAGCCGGAGACGUUCCAUGAGCUCCACUCGCCCGACAAGAUGGACUGGCCCACAAAGCGGUGCUCUGCGACCGAGCUGGGCGAAGAGGCGGACGAGGCGGAGCUCCCGUUCGACCCCGCGCUGGUCUGCUCCUUCUCGUGCCACGGCAUCGAGCCCUCGCCGCAGGGAACUGGCCAGCACAAGGAUGGCAAGGCGGUGUCCGGGUAUGCGAUGGAUAUCCUCGUCGACGAGAUUGAGCGGCGGCUGCUCGCGGACGAGGCGAUCGCCGAUGCCUUUAAGCGCGCAUUCGAGGCGACCAAUGAGGCGCUUCGCUUUGCGUCGGGGGUGAAUGCGCGGGUCUCGGGGGCAUGCGCGCUCGCGGUCCUGCUCCAUGGCACGCGCAUCUGGUGUGCGGGCGCGGGCGAUUGUCGGGCGGUGAUCGGCGCCGUCAACGAUGCGGGAGAUUCCGUCGCCAUCCGGCUUUCCGUCGACCACCGGCCGACGGACCCAAUAGAGCGUCAGCGAAUCGAGGCGGCCGGCGCGGCAGUGUGGGAGGGGUGCGACGACCCGCAGCACGGCGUGGAGCCGGCGCGGGUCUACCGUGACCUCGGGCAGCGGAGCUCGGGACCGGGCCUCGCAAUGUCGCGUUGCCUCGGCGACCUCGACGACGCCGAUGCCGGCAUCGUGCCGACCCCGGCAGUGCGGUACUACGAGCUAUCGCCUCAGGUGCCGCGCGACGGCCAGCGCGAUCUCUUCCUCGUGCUGGCGAGCGACGGUGUUUGGGAGCACCUCAGCGACGAGGAGGUUGUGCGGCUCGUCUCCCGCUUCCACGCUUCCGGGCAGCCCGCCAGCGUGGCGUGCACAAACCUGAUGGCCAGCGCGGCCAUGUGCUGGCGGCGAGAGGAGGGCAACUAUCGAGACGACAUCACCGCCCUGGUGGCCUACCUGCCAUGCAUCGGCUCUUGUGGGCGGGGAGAGUGAUUGAAGUUGCGAGGGAGGAGUACGAGGAGAUAGGAGGCGUGCAGCCGUGCAGCGCGCAGGCGGCGGCACAUCGAGCGCGGACGCGCGGCGCAGCAUGUAAAAGCUGCACACAAGUAACUGCACGCGAGGUGUCUUUUUGAUGUUGUAGUCUCCAUGGC